AUGUCCUCGCCAGUCUCUCAACCGCUAUCAGGCCAGAAAAUCCACAAGGCCGACAAGGAUAAACACCAGUCCACCGACCAACUCGAGCCGGAAGCUUCCACGGAAUCCGAAGCCAGCAUGCGGGAGAUUACCCAGUCACCAAAGCCCAACGCCACCAAUGAUCCACUUGAAGCCUUCGUUGACUCUUUGCGAGAGCCCGAGGGUGGCCAGCAUUUCCACAAGAUUUGCAAAGAUGGAGUGAUGCGGGUGAUUCGCUACCUACCCAGCCCACCCGAUCAGCCUACUGCCACGGAGAUCUACGAUGCAAAACCGAUGUCGCCUGAUUUGAUCAAAUCGUGGCUCGACAGAUGGCCUUGGAGCCAAGAGAGUGAGGAUAGGUUUCGAGGAGUUGAUGGCAGGACGGUUCCGCAAGAGCAGUGGAUGAAUCCUCCUGCAGGGCUUAUUGGCCCUUUUGGCACAAAGAACGAGCGCGACAGGCAGGUCCGCGAGAAGAACGAAAAGGAAAUCGAAAAGAGGGCUGAUUUAGAACGGAAGAUAGCGAGUGGUGAGUUGGGUGAGGAUGCACGUGGACCACCUUCCAUGACCAUCCAAAGCGACCACGAUCUGCGUCCUUGUUAAGAUUUGGUAAAGACUCCCACUCGGACAUGAGAGUGAUUGUGCAUAGACGUGACUGGA